AUGGCAAGACCAGAAUAUGGGACAGCCAAACACGCGUCCAGCCAGAUGCGCAGGCGAGGGCUACAGAAGACCAAGUUCUACUGCCAGGUAUGCGAAAAGCAGUGCUUGGACGAGAACGGAUUCAAAUUGCAUAUACAGUCACCAUCUCAUAUCAAGAAGCUAAACUCGAAACUGGAAAAUUCGCACAACGACUCGAGGGCGCUUAUUGGAGAGUACUCGGGACGAUUUCUGGGGGAUUUUCUGCGCCUGCUCAGAAUAAAUCACGGGGAAAAGCUCAUUGGAAGCAACAGAUUUUAUCAGGAAUACAUUAUGGACAAAAACCAUAUCCAUCUCAACUCGACAAGGUGGAAAAGUCUGACGUCGUUAGUGCUAUUUCUGAAACAUCAGGGAUUGUGCAGGGUGGAGGAGAACGAGGAAUACGAGGAGUACGAUGCAGAACGCUACUCGAUAGCUUAUAUUGACAAAAGUCCGAGAAAAGAGACCAAAGAGCUCAAAGUGCGCAGCGACGACGAAGCAUCACACCAUACAGACAACAAUGCCGGGGCUGGAUAAUCAUGAUAAAAUAAAAAUAUCUAUGAACAAGCCUAUCAAUAAGUGCGGCAUGAAAAUCGUGCCAGGAGUUGGACACGCUGUGGCGCCACAGGUCCGUAAAAGCUCCAAACUCAAAAGCCGCAUUGCUGCGAAAAACGUGCUAGAAUGAGAUUAUGUGAAACUUAACACAAUCUUCUUUUUCUUCUUUCCGGUAGCAUUUGCCGAUUGUUUGGCCUGUUGAAUAAUCAACUCUGCUUCUGCAUCGUAGUCAUCCGACUCGGGGUCUUCAGACUUCAAUAUUUUUGUUCCCCAGACCGUGGUUUUGUAUUUCGACUCGUCGUCGGGGAGCAGUACGUCCUCACCUAAAGGUGGAGCAUUGGACUCCACGACUCUGCGUGGCGACGCCUGCUCGCUGUAACCGUAGUCGGUCAGGCUCAAAUUGUUUUCUUUUGAGUAGAACUGCAGGGUCUUCAGUUCCAGCUCCCUUUCAAAGGCCGCUUUGCUGCGGUCUUCUCUUCGCUUUUUAUUGCGCGACGUCCGACUGCGCUCGCUGAGUUUUUUGCUGAAACGAGCGGAGAUUUCUUUAGGGAACUGCGGCAACUGAUCUGUCCAGUUAAGCUCCAAAAACCCUAUUUCUGUGCCGACAGGCAAAUGUCCAAGAUAUUUCAGUCUUCCAAUGGUCUCCUCAGUGAGAGGCGAGUAUUCGUAAUUAAUAUUUUCGAGAAUGGGAUGCAGAGUGAGCGGGAACGCGGAGUAGUCACCAUACAACGACUUGAGGAUUUGAACGUCCAAAUUGGUGAGGAAGUACUUGACGCUCGAGUUGAAUGCAGUUUGGUAGAAAAAAAAGCCCUUCUCUGUUUCUUGGAAUUGGUGCUGACGGAGAGUUAGCUCAUCGAAAUGCAGUCUCAGACUAUCUGGAGACUCUGGCAUCGUGGCCUGCGAAGACUCAGCAAAGGAAGCCGCCAUAGCCUCCAUGUGAGACCGGAUCUUGAGCUCGGCCAGCUCGUAGUGGUGCGUGCUAUCGCCGUAUAGCUCGGAAUCGAGAGAUCUGUGUAGCUUAAGUGUCUCCAAUUCCUGCUCAAAACAUUUAAUGGCGAAGCCUGGUCCACAUUGCAUAAUCCUCGAAUAUUUCACAUAGCGCGAGUCAUUCAGGAAGUUGUCAACAGUGGCGAAAUCGGAUAUCCAGGGGAUGUCGCCGUCAAACUGGCAGUUUUCCAAGUAGAGACGGAACGGCUGCGCAAAGACCCGCGAGGCAGGCCUGUACAUGAGCUCCAGCUCCACAGGCUGAUCAACAGACGGCUGCUCAAACCUCUCGUCAAUUUUUGUGAUUAGGACAGGUAGUAACUCGUGUUUUUCUCGGAUAUCCUCCGAACAGAGCGGACACUUGACGCGGCCUCGAUAGUCUUCCUGGGCUGAAAACGCGGCAAACAGACGCAACAAGCACGUGUAGCAGAAUACGUGGCCACACCGCGUCAUCCGCGGAGCAAUAAACUCGUCUCCAAGGCAGAUAGGACAUUGGUGAUCAUUUUUGUUGAUCAGCACGCGCAAGAUUGAGGCGUCGUCCAAAGGCACGUUUGGGUCCAGAAUCUGCGUCCUAUAGUCCCCACGGUAGUCCACAAUGAACCUGUAGUUGACAUUUACGUUUUGGCGGCCAGUCAAAUUCAGUCGGAUACUCUGAGAACGAUGUUUUUUGGAGCCCUGCCGACGUCCGGUAUCGGUCACGAUGUUAUGUUCUGGUAGCUGGAAUUCUACCAGAUGACUAAUGUCGAUGCCUUUCCGUCCUCUCCCCAAGGCUCUGUCAAAAGGAAAGUCGUCCACAAGCACAGGCUUGUUUGCUUUGUUGGAUCUUUUGGAACCGUGCUUUUUUGACUCUCUCGGCCGGACCUUGGAGCUUGCCGCCGAUUGGCUGGAAUGCGCGGCGACGGGCAAAGUGGUAGCCCGCGGAGCAUACACACGCUCCUGGGAACCUGAGGAAGGG